AUGGAUCCAAUAACUGGACUUCCAAGCUCUCGUCGUUCAACUUUAUCAGAAGACGCGCAUCGUGAAGGCGUUACUACCGAAACUCAUGAUUGGACAUUGAUUAAAGCUAUUGACCUUGUAGCUGAUCAAAACGUUAUUGUAAUUGACGGAGAGGUACCAAUUGAAGAAGCUUGUGACAUCCUUACGCGAAACAAUAUAUCUUCAGCGCCAGUCUACGAUGCUUCAACGAAGAGUUAUUCGGGCAUGUUUGAUUGGGCUGACGUUAUGACAUAUUUGUUAAUUGUUCUUAAGAAAAAGGAUGCUUCAAAACAACUAGAGAAAAGUGAGGCUGAACUAUCUGCUGAAUUUAAUGAUUUAGUAAAAUUGGCGAGUCAUUGUCAACCUGUUCCCGUCAAAUUAGCUUCCGACCUUUCAAAGAAAAAUCCUUUUUAUAGUGUACUUCCAGAAACAUCGCUGUUACAAGUUGUUGAAUUGUUUGCAAGUGGAACUCACAGAGUUGCCGUUUUAGACGCGGAUGGAGUUAUUAAAGGAAUCUUAACUCAAUCAAGAGUGGUUAAUUAUUUUUAUCAAAAUGUGACUAAAUUUCCUCCAAUCGAGCAACUCUUCCCCAAAACGCUUAAUGAACUUGAUAUAGGAAGGGGUUUCGUAAUUUCUGCCCAAGGUGAUUCAUUUGUGCUUGACGCGUUGACAAUGAUGAUUAAAAAUGGUUUUAGUUCUAUUGCUAUCGUGGAUCCUGAAGGGUUGUUACUUGGUAACAUAAGCAUGACAGACAUUAAGUAUGUUCUACGAAGUUAUAGUCAUUUUUUAAUGUGGAAAACGUGUCAUCAAUUUGUUAGUCAUGUGAGAAGCAGGCAAGGACUUGAGGACGGACAGGAUAGAUAUCCUGUAUUUGAUGCCCGUCCAACAUCAGCUUUAGGUUAUACUAUUGCCAAAUUAACUGCGACAAAGGCCCAUCGUCUUUGGGUGGUAGAUGAACGAAUGCGUGCUAUUGGCGUGGUGAGUUUGACGGAUCUACUUCUUGUAAUUGCGCGUUCAGCUGGUUUAAAUCCGAAGCCUAAGAGAGUUAGCGUUAUAUCAUUAUCAUCACCCACGAGUCAAAGCGAAUAA